AGAGAGCAUAUUAUGUGGCAUCCAUGGAUCAAAUGCCUACCAGUAUGGCUCUUAUUGAUGGUGGCUAAUGGGAGUACAAUUAUGCCUACAAGAGCUCCAUUGUUUCCCAACAAGGCUUUCAUAGUGGUGUGGAAUGCACCUACUGAACAAUGCCGACUACGCUUCAAUGUGUCUUUAGAUCUAAACAUUUUCAGCGUGCUAUCAAAUCCUAAUGAAACCUUGAGUGGGCCUACUGUGACAAUAUUUUAUCACACUCGGUUGGGAUACUAUCCCUAUUUUAAUGACAAUGGAGAUUCUAUCAAUGGAGGUAUACCACAGAACCAGAGCAUUAUCAAGCACCUAAACAAGGCCAAGUCGGACAUUGAUCAUGUCAUAACCAUGAAGAAAUUCCAAGGGCUUGGAGUUAUUGACUGGGAAAACUGGAGACCACAAUGGGACCGGAAUUGGGGAAAUAAAACAAUUUACAAAAACAAAUCUCUUGAACUUGUUAGAAAGAGGCACCCACAUUGGCCCAAGAAUGCAGUUCACAAAGCUGCUAAGGAAGAAUUUGAAAAUGCUGGCAAGAAUUUUAUGAACAGCACCCUUUCUCUUGCUGAAAAUAUGAGACCAAGUGGAUUAUGGGGUUACUACCUGUACCCAGACUGCUAUAAUUACGAUUACAAGACCAAGAGGAAUACAUAUACAGGCAAAUGCCCAGAUAUUGCAUCUUCACGUAAUGAUCUUCUGCUUUGGCUUUGGAAAGAAAGUACCGCCCUUUAUCCUUCAAUAUACCUGGAUAAGAGGCUGAAGUCAAGCCCGAAUUCCUUGAAAUUUGUACACUACAGGGUUAAAGAGGCAAUACGCAUUGCUUCCAUUGCUAGGAAAGACUAUGCUUUACCUGUUUUUGUGUAUUCUAGGCCAUUUUAUGCCUAUACAUUCCAGGCUUUGACAGAGAUUGACUUGGUGCAUACGAUUGGUGAGAGUGCAUCCUUGGGGGCAGCAGGAGUUGUCCUCUGGGGAAGUAUCCAGUAUGCCAAUUCUUAUGAAAACUGUCUUACUGUGAAAAAAUAUGUAGAUGGUCCCUUGGGGCAUUACAUCAUGAAUGUGACCUCUGCAGCCAAGCUCUGUAGCAAAGUCCUAUGUAAGAAGAAUGGAAGAUGCAUUCGUAAAAACAGCGAAUCAUUUGAUUAUUUGCACUUGCAUCCACAGAGUUUUAAGAUUAGGUUUUCCAAAGCAACGAACAAAGUCUCUGUUGUAGGAAAGUUGAAGAGGAAAGACAAGGCAGCCAUGAAAGAAAAAUUUAUGUGCCAGUGUUACCAAGGCUGGACUGGGAAAUAUUGUGAAAUGCCUAACUUCAAAAAGAAGGUAUGAAAUUUAUUGACAAUAAAUAUGAUGGAAAUUCA